AUGCCACUACCCUCGACAAGUACCAAUGAUACCAAAAGUGAAGAAGCAAACAUGAUAAACAUGGUCUAUAAUUUUGACUGGUCAUCAACUUCACUUGGCCCUAUGGACUCGUGGGAACCUACUAUCAAAACAGCUAUGUGUAUGUGCCUCAAUUCUACGUUUCCCAUCUGUCUCUUUCUCGGUCCCCCAGAAUGGAUCUUUCUAUAUAAUGAUGUGUUUUCAGAACAUUUAUAUCAGCAACAUCCAUACGCAUUAGGAAAACCAAUGAGAGAUGUUUGGCCCAAAACAUUAUGUGAUAUUGUUAUUACACUAUUAGAAGGAGUAAGAACGACUGGAAAAGGACACUUUAAAAAAGAUGAAUUUUUUGAAGCACCGCGUGUUGGAUAUAGUGAAGAGAGUUAUUAUACCACUUCAUUUACCCCAAUUUUCAAAUCAGAUGGUACAGUCUGUGGUAUAUUAGAUAUUGCACUAGAAACUACUCAAAAUGUUUUAAAUACUAGAAGAUUAAAGAUACUGAGCGAAUUUGGAAAGCGGACUCCUGGUUGGUAUUCAUAA